AUGUUGGAGGAUAGUUUAAAGGAGUUAAGCGCGAAGCGUAGUUCCAUUAAGGGACGCGUGACUAAAUUUAAAAAUAGUUUAGAUGUUUUAGAUACAUUAGAAAAUAUUUCUGCAAUUGAACUAAGCAAGCUUGCGAUGAAACUAUCAAGAUUUGAGGCGUUGUUCAUUGAAUUUGAUGAGGUGCAAAAUCAAAUAGAAAUUUUAAGCGUAGAUAAACUAGAGGCUGAGCUAGCUAUACGCGACUCAGUUGAAACAGAUUUUUACCAUUCCAUUGCCUUUGCAAAAACAUUAUUAGAGAAAGCGCAGCCUGAAGAAGCGUGGCCAGUGGAGCCGUUGUGCUCGGUCGACUUACCUGAACUGAAAGCUCAACCCGCUUUCGUCGGAGAGGCUGCACUAGCGUGCGAACUUAUAGAUUUAGAUAAAUAUUCUAGCCUACCUGUCGUACAAAAUACAUUAGCGAGAAUGCUAAGAUUUAUACACAACUCUAGACACCCUACAAGCAAACUUACCGGUCCCUUAUCGACCGACGAAAGGCAUAAUGCCAUGACUCAUCUAAUAAAAAUGUCACAGCCUGAACUUUCUAAAUCUGCCCUUUUGGAAUCUUUUACACCCAAAAACAUCACAAGCGGCUUUUCAAAGCCAGGAAUUUGGCUAUUCAACCGACUUGCAUUUGGGGACGUUCUCAAGGAGAGUUCUCAAGAAGAAUACAAAGAAAAUAGUCAGGAAACAGAGAGACAGGAAGUCGUUUUUGUGGAGCCGGAAAGAAGUAAAAAUGAUGAAAUUAUUGCUGAAAGCUGUAAAAUAGACGAGACACAAACAGACCCAUUAGAUGAUAGAUCGGAUUUUGAUACAUCUGCAAAUGUUAUUCCACCUCUUAAUGUUUCACCACUUUCAAAGGAUAGCCUGUUAGGCUUUCAGAUUAAUAAUAACAUAAUAUGUGAAAGUCUGUGCUCCUUUGAAGCCAUUGUCAGAUUCUGA